UUUUAACCAAUCAAAAUACGCCUUUCUCCUUCCCACGGCUGUUCUCUCUCUCUCCCGGUGACGGCGACGGUGACGGCGGCGGAUAAGAAGACUGGUACAUUAUGUUGAAGCUUUGGAGAUGGUACCAGCGAUGCCUGACGGUUCAUCCAGUGAAAACUCAGGUCAUUAGUUCUGGGUUUCUUUGGGGAUUUGGCGAUGUCACCGCUCAAUACAUCACUCACUCCACUGCUAAACCUCGUCUUCUUCGUAUCACCGAGACAAAUAAAGAUGGUGACGUAGAUGCAGAUUUCAAGGUCAACUGGAAGCGAGUAGCUAUCACGAGCAUGUUUGGGUUUGGUUUUGUCGGACCUGUUGGCCACUUCUGGUACGAAGGCCUGGAUAAGUUUAUAAAACUGAAGCUUCGAUAUGUACCAAAGUCAACACGUUUUGUAGCUGCCAAAGUUGCAAUGGAUGGACUUAUCUUUGGCCCUAUAGAUCUACUGGUGUUCUUCACAUACAUGGGAUUUGCCACAGGGAAGAACACAGCUGAAGUGAAAGAAGGACUCAAGAGAGAUUUUAUUCCGGCUUUAGCUCUUGAAGGCGGAGCAUGGCCGCUUCUUCAGAUUGCAAACUUCAGAUAUGUUCCCGUGCAAUACCAGUUGCUUUAUGUCAACGUCUUUUGCCUAAUAGACAGUGCAUUCCUCUCAUGGGUCGAGCAACAAAAGGAUGCAGCUUGGAAACAAUGGUUUACUUCAUUUCAACCACUGAAAGAACGAGGUGGCCAAGGCGGAGUAUGAUCGUUUUCCUUGUCAUAAUCUUUGAAUGAAAACAAAAAAGCGAGUGUAACCGGCGAUUUUCAAUACCGAAAGUUGCCUAGGAUACAGAUUCUUGAUCAAAUAUUAUUUUGUUUCACAAGAAUUCGGUACAAGUGAAUAAAUGACUGUUAGAAUUGAA